UGUUGUCUCGCCGUGGUUAUUCGGUUCCCCUUUCGUGUGUUUCCGCGAAGACUCGGCACUUGUCGUAGCGGAAGGGGGAAAGCCUUUGCUGUGAUGCCGCUGGAAAGAUGGCCGCUUUCGGGAUCCUGAGUUACGAGCACCGGCCCCUAAAGCGGCCGAGGCUCGGGCCUCCCGAUGUUUAUCCGCAGGACCCCAAGCAAAAGGAGGAUGAGUUGACAGCUCUGAAUGUGAAGCAGGGGUUCAAUAACCAGCCGGCGGUUUCGGGGGACGAGCAUGGCAGCGCCAAGAACGUCAACUUUAACCCCUCCAAGAUCAGCUCCAAUUUCAGUAGCAUUAUUGCAGAGAAGCUGCGAUGCAACACGUUCCCCGACACAGGAAAGAGGAAACCCCAAGUCAACCAGAAAGACAACUUUUGGUUGGUCACUGCGAGAUCCCAGAGCUCCAUCAACAACUGGUUCACAGACCUGGCUGGAACAAAGCCUCUCACCCAGCUUGCUAAGAAGGUACCCAUUUUCAGUAAAAAGGAGGAGGUUUUUGGCUACUUGGCCAAGUACACUGUGCCAGUAAUGCGUGCUGCAUGGAUGAUCAAGAUGACCUGUGCCUACUAUGCAGCCAUAACCGAGACCAAAGUGAAGAAGAGGCAUGUGAUUGACCCCUGUAUAGAAUGGACCCAGAUCAUCACAAAGUACCUGUGGGAGCAGCUGCAGAAGGUGGCUGAGUUUUACCGUCAGUCGUCCAGCCAGGGCUGUGUCUCUCCACUGCCCUCCACCCCAGUGGAGGUGGAGACGGCGAUGAAGCAGUGGGAGUACAACGAGAAGCUAGCCAUGUUCAUGUUCCAGGAUGGCAUGCUAGACAGACACGAGUUCCUCACUUGGGUUCUGGAGUGUUUUGAGAAGAUCAGACCAGGAGAGGAUGAGCUGCUGAAACUGCUUCUACCGCUGAUGCUGCAGUAUUCUGGAGAGUUUGUGCAGUCGGCCUACCUCUCCAGAAGGCUGGCCUAUUUCUGCACGCGCCGGCUGAACCUGCUGCUGAGCGAUGGGACUGUGGGACCAGGAGCUGGGGGGCAUCAGACCCACAGCAUCACGGCUCAGCCAGGCAAUGCCUUGCCACCCACGCCAACCCCCCAGCCUGCGGGGGGCAACCAGCCGCAGACUCCCUUCACAGACUUCUACAUCUGCCCCCAGCACCGGCCCCUAGUCUUUGGGCUCAGCUGUAUGCUGCAGAGCAUUGUCCUGUGCUGCCCCAGUGCUUUGGUUUGGCACUACUCCCUGACAGACAGCAGGAACAAGACUGGCUCCCCCCUGGACCUGCUGCCCAUUGCACCUUCCAAUCUGCCCAUGCCAGGGGGCAACACCACCUUCACACAGCAGGUUCGAGCGAAGGUGCGGGAGAUUGAGGAGCAGGUCAAGGAGCGGGGCCAGGCUGUGGAGUUCAGGUGGUCCUUCGAUAAAUGCCAAGAAACUACAGCAGGCUUCACUAUUGGCAGGGUGCUACACACCUUGGAGGUUUUGGACAGCCACAGCUUUGAGAAGUCUGACUUCAGUAACUCGCUGGACUCGCUGUACAACCGCAUUUUUGGGUCGGGUCAAAGCAAAGAUGGCCACGAGAUGAACCCUGACGAUGAUGCAGUGGUGACAUUGCUGUGUGAGUGGGCUGUGAGCUGCAAGAGGUCUGGGCGACACAGGGCCAUGGUGGUGGCCAAGCUGCUGGAGAAAAGGCAGGCCGAGAUUGAAGCUGAGCGGUGUGGGGAGUCAGAGGUGGUCGAUGAGAAGGGUUCAGUGUCCUCAGGCUCGCUCUCUGCUGCUACCCUGCCUGUCUUCCAGGACGUCCUUCUGCAGUUCCUGGACACACAGGCUCCCAUGCUGACUGAGCCUGGGAAUGAGAGCGAGCGGGUUGAGUUUUCAAACCUGGUUCUCCUGUUCUGUGAGCUGAUCCGACACGACGUUUUCUCCCACAACAUCUACAUGUGCACGCUGAUCUCCCGCGGGGACCUGGCUUCUGACUCCCACCUGCCCCGCCCUCGCUCCCCCAGCGACGAGCCGUCGGACGAAUCGGAGCGAAAGGAGCAAGAAGCAGCAAGCAGCGUCAAGAUGGAGGAUGCUGGUCUCUCUGAAUCGAUGGAAAUAGACCACAACUCCAGCGCUAUUUUUGAUGAUGUAAUGUUCUCUCCACCAAUGCACUGUGAGUCUAAAGGCAGCCCCUCGCCGGAGAAGCCUGCCCCCGAACAGGAUGGGAAGAGCACUACGAAGGACAAGACCUUGGACCCUGCCUUCCCCCUGGUGUAUGAGCUGCCACGGCACAUCCAGUAUGCCACACACUUCCCAAUCCCACAGGAAGAGAGUGCCAGUCACGAGUGUAAUCAGAGAUUAGUGGUGCUGUACGGUGUGGGGAAGCAGCGUGAUGAAGCACGGCACACCAUCAAGAAAAUCACCAAAGAUAUCUUGAAAGUGUUGAACCGAAAGAGCACCGCGGAGACUGGAGGAGAAGAGGGACAGAAAAGGAAGAGGACUAAGCCAGAAGCCUUCCCCACAGCAGAGGACAUCUUCUCCAAAUUCCAGCACCUUUCCCAUUUUGAUCAGCACCAGGUCACCUCUCAGGUGUCCCGGAAUGUCCUGGAACAGAUCACCAGCUUUGCCUUAGGGAUGUCGUACCACCUCCCCUUGGUCCAGCACAUCCAGUUCAUCUUUGACCUCAUGGAAUACUCUCUCAACAUUAGUGGGCUCAUCGACUUUGCAAUACAGCUACUGAAUGAGCUGAGUCUGGUGGAGGCUGAGCUGCUACUGAAGUCGUCCAGCCUGGUGGGCAGCUACACCACAGGCCUGUGUCUGUGCAUUGUGGCUGUGCUGCGGCGAUACCACUCCUGCCUCAUCCUCAACCCUGACCAGACUGCCCAGGUCUUUGACGGGCUGCGGAUCGUGGUGAAGCAUGGGGUGAACCCUGCAGACUGCUCCUCUGCUGAGCGCUGUAUACUGGCCUACCUCUAUGACCUCUACACCUCUUGCAGCCACCUCAAGAGCAAGUUUGGGGAGAUCUUCAGCGAUUUUUGCUCCAAGGUGAAAAACUCUAUCUAUUGCAACAUUGACCCCUCCGACUCCAACAUGCUGUGGGACCCCGUGUUCAUGAUCGAGACGAUCGCCAACCCCUCCGCUCACAACUUCAACCACUCCAUGGUGGGAAAGAUCCUCAACGACAGCCCAGCGAAUCGCUACAGCUUUGUGUGUAACGUGCUCAUGGACGUGUGUGUGGACCACCGUGACCCAGAGAGGGUGAAUGACAUUGGGAUCCUGUGCGCAGAGCUGACUGCUUACUGCCGUUCUCUGAGUGCUGAGUGGCUUGGAGUACUCAAGGCUCUGUGCUGCUCCUCCAAUAAUGGAAACUGUGGCUUCAAUGACCUUCUCUGCAAUGUGGAUGUGAGUGACCUCUCCUUCCACGACUCCUUGGCUACCUUUGUUGCCAUCCUGAUUGCUCGGCAGUGUCUGCUUUUGGAGGACCUGGUUCGCUGUGUAGCAAUACCUUCCCUUCUGAAUGCAGCCUGCAGUGAGCAGGACUCAGAGCCUGGUGCAAGGCUCACCUGCAGGAUCCUUCUUCAUCUCUUCAAAACCCCCCAGCGCAAUCCCAGCCCGCAGGACAGCUCCAAGUCAGAUAAGCCCGCUGUCGGUAUUCGCUCAUCUUGUGAUCGCCACCUGCUGGCUGCAUCCCAGAACAGCAUUGUAGUGGGGGCAGUCUUUGCCGUCCUUAAGGCUGUGUUCAUGCUGGGAGACGCAGAGCUGAAGGGCUCUGGUUUCCCUCACCCUGCUGGGCUGGAUGACACUCCAGAAGAUGACCUGGGUUCCAAGAAGUCAGGUGGUCGCGCCGUUUCCAUAGAAACGGCCAGCUUGGAUGUGUACGCAAAAUACGUGCUGAAGAGCAUCUGCCAGCAGGAGUGGGUGGGGGAGCGGUGCCUGAAGUCCCUCUCGGAGGACAGCAGUGCCCUGCAGGACCCCGUCUUGGUCAACAUUCAGGCACAGCGCCUCCUACAGCUCAUCUGCUACCCUCACAGGCAGCUGGACAGCGAAGAAGGGGAGAACCCUCAGAGACAGCGCAUAAAGCGCAUCCUACAGAACAUGGAUCAGUGGACCAUGAGGCAGUCCUCCCUGGAGCUCCAACUCAUGAUUAAACAGAGCACAAACAAUGAGCUAAACUCCCUGUUGGAAAACAUUGCGAAGGCCACGAUUGAAGUGUUCCAGAAAUCAGCUGAGAUGAUCUCCAGCAAUCCCCUGGGCAAUGGCUCAGCUGUGUCUGGUCCCAUUCAGGGCCCAGUGACCAACAGCAACAACGCCAGCAAGAUGAAGCCAGUACUAAGCUCAUCAGAGCGCUCGGGGGUCUGGCUUGUUGCCCCUCUGAUUGCCAAGCUGCCCACUACAGUCCAGGGCCAUGUGCUAAAGGCCGCAGGUGAGGAGCUGGAGAAGGGACAGCACCUCGGCUCGUCGUCCCGCAAAGAGAGGGACCGCCAGAAACAGAAGAGCAUGUCCCUCCUGAGCCAACAGCCCUUCCUGUCCCUGGUGCUGACAUGUCUGAAGGGGCAGGACGAGCAGAGGGAGGGGCUCCUGACUUCCCUCUACAGCCAGGUGCAGCAGAUUGUCACCAACUGGCGAGAGGACCAGUAUCAGGAUGACUGCAAGGCCAAACAGAUGAUGCAUGAGGCUUUGAAACUGCGGCUCAAUCUGGUCGGCGGGAUGUUUGACACGGUGCAGCGCAGCACCCAGCAGACCACCGAGUGGGCUGUUCUUCUCCUGGACAUCAUCAGCAGCGGCACUGUGGACAUGCAGUCUAACAACGAGCUGUUCACCACUGUCCUGGACAUGCUCAGUGUACUCAUUAAUGGUACGUUAGCUGCUGACAUGUCCAGCAUCUCUCAGGGGAGCAUGGAGGAGAAUAAGAGGGCCUACAUGAACCUGGUCAAGAAACUCAGGAAGGAGCUGGGGGACCGUCAGUCGGAGAGCCUGGAGAAAGUGCGGCAGCUGCUGCCCCUCCCCAAACAGACGCGCGAUGUCAUCACCUGCGAGCCCCAGGGGUCGCUCAUCGAUACCAAGGGCAACAAGAUCGCAGGCUUCGAGAAAGAGGGCUUGCAAGUGUCAACAAAGCAAAAGAUCUCCCCCUGGGACGUGUUUGAGGGCCUGAAGCACUCCGCCCCCCUGUCCUGGGGCUGGUUUGGGACGGUACGCGUGGACCGCAAAGUCACGAAGUUCGAGGAGCAGCAGCGGCUCCUCCUCUACCACACCCACCUGAAGCCCAAACCCCGUAGCUACUACCUGGAGCCCCUGCCCCUGCCCCCCGAGGAGGAGGAGCCGCCCACCCCCGUCGCCCCUGAGCCCGAGAAGAAACUGGCGGAGGCCGUGAAGCCGGAGAAGAGCUCAGCCGCCGUCGCCACGGACUCCAGCAAGAAGAAGAGCAGCAAGAAGAAACGCAACCACUCCAGCAGCAAGACAGAGGACUUUGCCAGCACACAGCGGGGAGUGCCCUAUACAGCGGGAAUGCCUCCGGAGAUGCUGCACGGUCAGCAGGGACACCCUUUCAACCGGAUGGUGUACGGGCCGCAGUCCAUGGGCAUGUACCCGCAGAACCAGCCCCUGCCCCCAGGCGGCCCACGACUGGACACAACGUAUCGGCCGACCCGCACCCUCCCAAUGCGACCAAACCGGCCUGCCGCCUACCCGAACAUGAUGACCGGCAUGCCGGGGGGUGUGGGCAACCUCAUCACUGCGCUGGACCAGCAGGCCUACCGAGCCUACAAGCCCCAGCCACCCAUACAGGGGCAGAUCCUGCGCCAGCAGCUGCAGGCCAAGCUGAGUCAGGGCAUGCUGGGGCAGCAAGUGAGACAGAUGCCUCCCAAUCCUUCCUACGGGACCUUGCAGCCCACACAGGGGUAUACCUCGUAUGGCCCGCACAUGGGGAUGCAGCAGCACCCCUCCCAGACCGGCGGAAUGGUUCCUCCUGCGUACGCUAACCAGCCCUUCCAGGGUUCGCACCCGGCCCCCAACCCUGCCAUGGUGGACUCUCUCAGGCAGAUGCAGCAGAGGCCGAGCGGAUACAUCCAUCAGCAGGCGCCCGGCUACGUGCAUGCCAUGCAGAACACCCCGCGGUUUGCCCACCAGCAGGCUUCUAUAAUACAGGGCCUGAGUCACAUGCCUGGCCAGGGUGUGCAUCCAGGCAUGAGAUCAAAUCAGAUGCUGGCUGAACAGCAACAGCAGGCACAGCAGCAGCAACAGCAGCAGCAGCAGCAGCAACAGCAGCAACAGGCACAGCAACAGCAGCAGCAAGCGCAGCACUUCUUGAGACAGCAACAACAGCAGCAGCAGGUCCAACAGCAGCAGCAGCAGGUCCAGCAGCAACAGGUCCAGCAGCAGCAAGUCCAGCAGCAACAGGUCCAGCAGCAGCAAGUCCAGCAACAGCAGCAGGUGUCUGCUGCCCAGCCACCGGCGCAGGCCCAGCCACAGGCCUUGGGAAUGCAGCCCCUGCCCCCUCAGCAGCCCAUGUUCCCCCGACAGGGAAUGCAGCAGACACAGCAGCAGCAGCAGACGGCGGCCCUGGUCAGACAGCUCCAGCAACAGCUCUCAAAUACUCAGCCUCAACAAAAUACCAAUUCAUUCUACUGAACUUGGGUGUAGUUUACUGUGCAGAAAAAAUGGAUUGCCUCAAUGUCUGCACCUCCCCAGCUAAGAGAGGAAUGACAAAGGUAUUAUCACUGCUGCAGGGUACUUUAGUGCACAACACUCAAACCGUUCCUCUGCCUUAAGCCUGCUACGUCAACCAGCUGCGCUGAGAAAAGGAGAGAAUAGGGCUGGAGAAGAGGAGAUUAUUAAUUUCACUGACUUGGGCAACUCCUGCCCCUUUACAAUCUUGGAAACACAAAAAAAGACAAAAACCAUGAAUAUUGACGGACUCUAGAGACUCCACUUGAAAAAUUGUGAAAUUCCUUUCCCCAGAGUGGGAUCCUGCUGGGAAGAGUGCUCAGUAGAGCUCAUGGAGAACUUGGAAGUUGUGUAAAAAAAAAAGUACAAGAAAUUAUAAGAAUAAUGUAAUUUUUUAUUUUAUUUCAAUUUGUACAAUUUCUUUCUUGGUUUUGUUUAUUUCUCAUUAAAAAAUCAUGUCAGUUUUUAUCAGUCUUUUGACAAGUCUUUAAGUCUAGUGUGCUCGUACAUCAGAGUGUCCCUUUAGACUUACCAGAGGAGCAGAUAGGAGGAAGGGGUGCAAUUGUUUUGAUUAAAAAAAGUGUAUAAA